UUGGUUUGCUUUAGGCUCAAGAAGAAGAAAGAAGAAGAUAGAAGGGCUUCUGUAUGCCGCGGUGUUUUUCAUGCUAGUGUCAUUGUUUGUUUCAGUAAAAAAGUUUGACUAGAACUUUAAAGACAAUGGGAAUAGAAGACGAAGCGGACCGUACUCUCUUCAUAAGAAAUCUAGACACCAGAGUAACGGAGGAGCUUCUGUUCGAGCUGUUUUUACAGGCUGGACCUCUCGUCAAAACUAAAAUUCCCAAAGACUUGGAUGGAAAACAGAAAACAUUUGGAUUUGCCGUUUAUAAACAUGAGGUAUCCGUGCCUUAUGCAAUGCAACUCCUAAAUGGGACGUCGCUGUAUGGGAAAACCAUCCAAGUUCAGUUCAGAACGGGUAGCAGCCAUAGCAGUCCAGGAAACUCACAGAAUUCCAGUCCUGCAAAUACCCCAAAUCCCCAUGGCCAAAGGAUUCCAAUCCAGUUCAGUUCUCCACCAUACACUCCUCCACACCAAAUGCAGAGGUCAUUUUUAUCCCCUGAUAAUCUCCCGAAGCAUGUCAUGAGGAACAACAUGUGGCAGCUCCAUAUGCAGCAGCUCGAGCAGCUUAAUGGCACCUUCUCCAAAUCUGUCCAGCGGCAGUCGCCCGCUGGUGGACAUUCUGGCAGAGGCGACUCGAGGCAACAGGACGGCGAUCACUACAGGCAUCAUCCAUCCCAGAUGAGCAGCGGCGGGAGAAGCCAGCGCCACGGGGACGAGCACGGCUCUGGGCGUCAUCAGCAGCACGGCCACAGCAGGGAGAACUACUACCAACAGAAUGAUAGGAGUGGUGGCAACCGUCACCACGACAGCCGAGGUGGAAACAGACAUUAUGAAGAGUGGCCUGGCAACCGUGGCCACAGAGACCAUGAUAACAGAUGGCGACGCUACUGAGUUACAUUCAAUAUUCUUUUGUAAAAAACAAAAAAAACAAAUUCAGUUCAUCACAAUUUUUGUGGACAUUUCUUUUAAGAAAAUCUGAAUUAUGUUAAGGUGUAUAUACUCAGGUCGUUUGUAAAUGAUCUUACCAGUUUGAGGAUUUAAUAGCUCAUGCCUUCAAAGCCUCUUUUUAAAGGUGUUUUUAAAUUUGAACACUUUUCUUUGAUGUGACAGUUUUCUUCUCAGCUCUUUUGAAUAUUUUGAAAGUGAUUGUAUUGUCGUGGGAGCAAGGACAAAAUUUAACCAUUACUGGUAGUGAAUUUUGGAUGACAAAGUUAAAAAAAAGACUUAAAAAAAUUUUUGAUAUGUACCAGUUUUAUGUUAUGCAAAAGUAUUUAAAUGGUGCUCCUAACAAUGGAAUGAGCUUUCAGGUACUUUGCAGAAAAGAACAUGAAUAAAUUACACCAGCAACAUGGAAACGGAGACAGGGCACUGCCCCUUUUUUAAUUUUUAGAUUAACCUUGCUCUUUCCAGCAAAUGGGCUUUAUUUUACUUUUAUGUGGAUUUUGUUUUUUAAAUACUGAUAUGUAAAACAUGCUGUUUUAAAACAAACAUUUUCUCUAUAAAGUUCUUUUCACUUGA